AACUCCUCCCAGCGCAAGCCAGCCCAGCCCAGCAAGAGGCUCCACGCGCCGAGUCUGAGUCUCCUCAGCGCCCGUAGUUCUUGAACUUUGACCGCCCUCAGAGCCGGCGCUGGGGGAUGGCACGCAUGCGUCGUUCCUUUCAAUGGCUGGCGCCCUCAUCCUAGCCGCGGCGGGGGGAGCGGUGGCGGUGUUCCUGGCCCUGCGGCUAUGGGCAGUGCUUCAUUCGCAGGUCUCUGGGCCCCGGGAGUCUCUCAGUCUCCUAGUGGUCGCUGGGUCCGGUGGGCAUACCACUGAGAUCCUGAGGCUGCUUGAGAGCUUGUCUAAUGCUUACUCUCCUAGACACUAUGUCAUUGCUGACACUGAUGAAAUGAGUGCCCAUAAAAUAAAUUCUUUUGAACUAAAUCGAGCUGAUAGAGACCCCAGUACCACGUUUCCCGAAUACUUUAUUCACCGCAUUCCCAGGAGCCGUGAGGUCCACCAGUCCUGGCUCUCCACAGUACUCACCACCUUGUACUCCAUGUGGCUCUCCUUUCCCCUGACUCACCGAGUGAAGCCAGAUUUGGUGUUGUGUAACGGACCGGGAACAUGUGUUCCUAUCUGUAUAUCUGCCCUUCUCCUUGGGAUACUAGGAAUAAAGAAAGUGAUCAUUGUCUACGUUGAAAGCAUCUGCCGAGUAGAAGAUUUAUCCCUGUCCGGAAAGAUCCUGUUUCACCUCUCCGAUUACUUCAUUGUUCAGUGGCCGACUCUUAAGGAGAAAUAUCCCAAAUCUGUGUACCUCGGGCGAAUUGUUUGACAAAUGACAACUUACUGCUUUAGAAUUUUGCAGUCAACAAUAUUUAUGUUUCAGGGAAAGAAAACUACAUGUUUAUUGUGAAGGCUUCUGAAAGUUCUGAGAAUUAGUGGUGGUCAGGAGUGAAAAAUGUGUAAAUAACCCAGUGAAGAAAAUGAGGGCGCUCUUAGAAAACAAACAUUAAUACACCAUUAAGUAUUUAGGCCUCUGUGCACCAAAUUUCUUUUCUAUAUAAAAAUAUCUGGGCCAGCUUUGGUGGCCUAGUGGUUAAGUUCAGCACACACUGUUUCAGUGGCCCGGAUUCGAUUCCCAGGCACAGAUCUACACUGCUCUGUUAGCGUCCAUGCUGUGCUGGUUGUCCACAUACUAAAAAAUAGAGGAAGAUUGGCAUGGGUGUUAGCUCAGGGCAAAUCUUCAUCAGCAAAAAAAAAAAAAAAGUAAAAUCUAUCACUACCUGCAAGUUAUCUUCUGACUUGUUUUACUAAUAUUUUUUUCUAGAACUAAAUCUAGAAUUUCUAUGAUUAGUAACAUUUCCUGUUCUGCAGCUUGUUUUUUUUUUUUUUUUUUUACAGUAUUCUGCAUUAUAAAAAGAAAAGAAAAAGAAAGGAAUUUCUUCGUUUUUGUUCAGGUACAAUAGGCUCUAUUUCCUGUAUGGAAGCAGCAAAGUCCCUAGUGAACCCUCUCAGUGUCAAGGAAGCAGUUGUGUUAAACUGGCUUCACAACAAUUUGUACUCCACAGGCUUCUAGAACCUUGAGCCUAAACCAGUGUCUUUUUUUGUUCUUUGGUUUUGCUUUGUGAGUUGUUGCCCUCAAUCCAGAAUAUCUUUUU